GCAGCGGGCGGCGCUCGCACCCCGGCCCCGGCGGGCCCCGGCGCAGCAGCGGGCACAGGUCCCGGGAAGGUGGCGUCAGCAUCUGCAGCCGCGUCGACGUGGUCGGAGUCUUCUCCGAGGACCCAGGAGAACCCGACUAGGAUCAGGGCCCCGGGCCUCCCCCCCCUUUCCCCAUGGAGAAGUCAGCCUCCUCCAUAGAGUCCCAAGGCUCCCGGCCCGUGUUGGGCCGUGAAAGUGUCCAGGUGCCCGACGAUCAGGACUUCCGCAGCUUCCGGUCGGAGUGUGAGGCCGAGGUGGGCUGGAACCUGACCUACAGCAAGGCCGGUGUGUCUGUGUGGGUGCAGGCUGUGGAGAUGGACCGGACUCUGCACAAGAUCAAGUGCCGGAUGGAGUGCUGCGACGUGCCAGCCGAGACGCUCUACGACGUCCUUCACGACAUCGAGUACCGGAAGAAGUGGGACAGCAACGUCAUCGAGACGUUCGACAUCGCCCGUUUGACAGUCAACGCUGACGUGGGCUAUUAUUCUUGGAGGUGUCCCAAGCCUCUGAAGAACCGUGAUGUCAUCACCCUCCGUUCCUGGCUCCCCAUGGGCGCUGAUUACAUCAUUAUGAACUACUCAGUUAAGCAUCCUAAAUACCCACCUCGGAAAGACUUGGUCCGAGCUGUGUCCAUCCAGACGGGCUACCUCAUCCAGAGCACGGGCCCCAAGAGCUGCGUCAUCACCUACCUGGCCCAGGUGGACCCCAAAGGCUCGUUGCCCAAAUGGGUAGUGAAUAAAUCAUCUCAGUUCCUGGCUCCCAAGGCCAUGAAGAAGAUGUACAAGGCGUGCGUCAAGUACCCCGAGUGGAAGCAGAAGCACCAGCCACACUUCAAGCCGUGGCUGCAUCCGGAGCAGAGCCCGUUGCCCAGCCUGGCGCUGUCGGAGCUGUCGGUGCAGCACGCGGACUCGCUGGAGAACAUUGAUGAGAGCGCGGUCACAGAAAGCCGGGACGAGCGGGCAGGGGGCGCUGGCGGCGAGGGCAGCGACGACGACACCUCCCUCACCUGAGUGGGAGCCCUCUGCAAGGACCGAGACUGGACUGGGGCCGCACCCUGGGGCGCCGAGCCUCCUGCACUUGUUCCCCUCCUCCUCGCCUUCUGGGGGCGCUGGGCUCGGGCCCAGGUGGCGCUGUGGCCUGGCUGGACAUAGCCCCCAAUAAACGAUCCACAGCCCCA